AGACGUCAAUAAAUCUGGGAAGCUUGACCUGACGCGACUUCACAUUCCACGCAUCAACGCCAACGGUAUUAUCGCAAUGGCUGAUUACGAUCGCAGACCUCGUGGCCGUGGUGGUUAUGAUAACAGGAAGAGGCGUUAUAGAGAUGACGAUGACUUCGAUCGCAGACCUCAGCGCAGGCGUUACGAAGAGCCCCUACCAGUUAGGGUGCGCAAACAGCUGCUCUCUAUCGCCGAGUCCCCACUGAAGCCCGUCGAAGAGGAAGUCCACUUACUGGCUAAGCUGGUUUCCGACAACUAUGACGAUGUCGAGAUGCGAACUUCUUACAUCGACCUCACUCUCCAGGUUGUGGUCGAGCAGCCUUUUAAGACUCCAUUCGUCGCGGCGACUGUCGUUGUGCUCAACGGCAUGAACAGAGGCGAGGAGGCGGUCGCAUUGAUCCUUACAAAGGCGGCUGAAGAAACUGAGAGGAAGGUUGCCCUCGGGGAGUGGAGAGAGGUGAAACUGCUCUUGAAAUUUCUGGGGAGUUUGCAAGGCCUUCUGAACGAUGAGGGAGUCUGGCCCAUUUUAUCAGAGCUCUUUGAGAGAGCUGUCGAUCUGCAGACUGCCUCCUCUGAAGAUACUUUGGGAAUGGAAUUAGUCAAGGUCAUCCUAUUUACAAUCCCGUACAUCAUGGCGUCGUCUGCCACCGAAUCUCAGGAGCACGCCGCCGGCCUUCUCGACAAGACUGAAAUUCUGGCUGGUACACCAUCACCACUGGAGGCAUUGGUCGACCCAUACCCAGGAAAUGGCAUUGAUGAAGCGGCCGAGCCAACAAGCGUCAUCAGCUUAUUGCAGAAGCAGCUGCAGAACGAGGCGGCCAAUGGGUGGGUGCUCGCGUGCAUCCCAAGGCCGUGGAAGAUGCCAGUCACAGGCGACGAAGAGGACCCUCUUGCUGCGUCGACGAAGCACACAUUGCCACCCAUUACUAUCCCAGAGGCUGUUAUCCCUGGCGAGAAGCCUCUUUUCCCAGAAAUCUACUUCUCUGUUUACGCCAACCAAGAUAUCGAGACGGUGCCACCGAUCACAAACAUCGCGUCCUGCAUUCUCAGAGACUCAAUUAUCGAUACCAUCAACAUUUUGGACUUUAAUAGAAAUUCUACUGCGCGUUAUCUCAUUGAUAUCGACUGUUAUUUCACAGCGGAUACUUUUGUCAAGAGAGCCACGCCUUUUGACAGGUUAAAGGAUAUUGAAGGAGACCGAUCAACCUGGAAGCCCGAGGAUGUGGCUGUCGAUGCCGUUUUCUCGCAGCUCUUUCAACUGCCAACCCCUGAGCAUAAGCUCGUCUACUACCAUUCUGUGCUCACAGAGGCAUGCAAGAUCGCACCUGCGGCUAUUGCACCGAGUUUGGGACGUGCAAUUCGUUAUCUGUACAGGAAUUUCGAUAAAAUGGAUCUGGAACUUGGUUAUAGAUUCAUGGACUGGUUUGCGCACCAUUUGAGCAAUUUCGGUUUCACUUGGAAGUGGACCGAGUGGAUUGACGACGUUGAACUCUCACCACUGCACCCAAAGAAAGCGUUCAUCGCGGGAGCUUUGGAUAAGGAGGUCAGACUGAGCUUUGCACAGCGCAUUAAGGGAACUCUUCCUGAGCCAUACCAACCGCUUAUCACUGAAGGCAAAGAGAAAGAUACUCCAGACUUCAAGUACAACGAUGAAGAUACCCCUUUUGCUGCCGAAGGGCGGGAAAUUCACACCCUGCUCAAGCGUAAAGCUCCCGAGCCAGAAAUCCAGACCGUGAUUGACCAGAUCCACACUCAAGCAACCACAAUUGCCAUCCACGAGCCCCUUUUAUCAUCCACAGAUGUGUAUGUCACUUCUAUCUGCUACAUUGGAUCCAAGUCGCUUUCCCACGUGCUGUCCUGUAUCGAGCGCUGCAAAGAGCGUCUUCUAUCGAUCGGGAACACCUCGGAGACUGCGCGCCGCCAGAUCAUUACAUCCGUCAUGGCCUACUGGGUCGACCAACCCGGCAUCGGCGUCAACAUCGUUGACAAGCUGCUCAACUACACCAUCCUGACACCGCUCAGUGUCGUGGAGUGGGCCCUCCUAGACGACACCAAGGCAGGCGAUAAGCUCGCCGAGCCCUUCGUAUACGAGAUGGUUGCAGGCACAGUGCAGAAGGUCACAAACCGAAUCCGCCAGAUCGUCGCGUCGAGGAACGCACCGGGUCUGGAACACGAGCAACGCCUCUUACUCGACGAGACGCUGCUGAGGGAGAGGGUGGCUAUGAAAGAUAUGUUCAAGGUCAUGGAGGAUGCGCUCUUCAGCUGGGCUAGUGGGAGCAAGGACCAGGCCAUAGAAGCGGGCCUUGGAGAGACCACUGACGAGGCCUUUAUUCAGAGGUGGGGCGAGAAAUGGUUGAGGGUUUUCAGGAGGAAGAUGGCUGUUGAGGAGGCGUUCCUGCUGGAAGUCGGGAAUAAGACGGCCAAUGAGAGUAAUGGGGCUGAAGCGGGGGAGAUGGAGGUCGAGGUUGAUGUAUGAUGGGUUUUGAGGGGGGGUUUAGUUUUAUUCUGGUAAAGGGGAGGGAUGAUCGUUGCAUUGUAUACUAGGACUAAUUCAGGCUGACCUGGCUGGUCGAGAAUUUCUCACAUUCGGACGGACAUAGGCAGGAAUAAAGAUUUCUAAGCUCAAGGGCUUCCUGUUAUAUCAUAAUAAUACAAGGCUAGCAAUCUGAAACUCAUUAUCUACG